GGCAUUUUUGGGAGUCGGUUAUGGGGGCACCAAAAUAGGCGGCGUAAGCCUGUUUGGUUUCUGCAGCAUUAGCCAUGUCUUCUUCGUCUCCGAGGUUUCAAACAAUCAAAUCAACGCUUCAAAACAGUUUUCGAGGCUCUCUUUGUACCUUAUGGUGGUCUCUUCUCUGGCUGGCUUCAUGAUCCCAUCUUUGCCAAGAUGUAGAAUCACCAUCCUCUGCUGAUCCAUACAUUUCUAAGAAAGGAAUCAAAAUCAGUUUAAUCUUCAGGAACCUCAGCAAAGGACUCAAAAAUCAGAUUAAUCUUCAAGACGGGCUUUCUCAUUGAGGACAUACGGUUCUGCUUCGAUUUAUCAUCAGGCCUUGGUUGCCCGCACUCAAUGGGACAGUGCUGGACUAAGUUUUGUGGAGCUGAAACUGAUAGUGAGCAGAGUGCACCAAUAGAGCUUGCCAGCGGAAAAGUUCACCUCGUAACCACCAUGCAGAGUUGGGAGGAGAAGCUGUCAGAAGCAAGCAGGGAUGGCAAGAUAGUUGUGGCAAAUUUCAGUGCAUCAUGGUGUAGUCCUUGUAGGGUGAUAGCACCGGCUUAUCGUGACCUUGCUGAUAAAUAUUCUUCUAUGAUAUUCUUGACCGUGGACGUUGACGAGCUUCCUGAGUUUAGUACUUCAUGGGAGAUUAAAGCCACUCCAACAUUCUUCUUCCUCAAAGAUGGACGACAAGUGGACAAGCUUGUAGGUGUCAACAAGCAGGAGCUCCAGAAGAAGACUGCAGCAAUUGCCGAUUUAACCGUGUAAAGCAGUUUAACUUUGUACCCCUCCCUGCAAUGUAUUAUUAUUUAAAAAAAGAAAAGAAAAUUGCUAUGUGUAAUACGUCAUGACCAAGGGGGUGGCCUUCAAUGCAAAGAAGUUUGAAAUCUUCUAAUUUUGUUCUUUUCUUUCUUGAGUAUAAAAUCAGCUUAAGGUUUUUAAGGAA